GUCGGGAGCAGCAGCAGCAGCGCCAAUCGUGAUUUGCGAGGCGCUAAUCUAAAGCUCGUCGACACGAGGGACGAUGGGGUGGGGCCGAGGGCGACGGGAGAGCCAACAGUAGGGAAUGUUCGCGCUUUUGAGCACUGCAGGGGCGGUUUGUUGUCGAACAUCAUCGGCUCUGAGAUCCGGAGCCAGAGGUCAGGAAAUCGGCGGGGAUUGGACGGAGCCGAGAGGGCGAGAGGCGAGGUGGGGACGGGCGGUUGGAUGGCACUGGGGCGGUGUUUGUUCGGACGUCUUGUCGGUUGUGGUGAGAAGUAAUUUGGUUGCAUCCAUCUCGGCCCAGGUUUUCGUAAGCGAGCGAUUUAGAGAUUGAAUUUGCGGGCGUCAGCAGCAGCGUCGAGGCGACGCUCGCUGUUCAUUGUGGCCUUGCAGCUCACGGGGGCAGAUUGAUUAUGGAAGUACGGGCGUCUUGUCUCUGGGUCGCUGACCACGCCAACUAUGUCGCCAUCAAUGCCAAGGCCAUAGAGCAUGUGGCCGAGCACAUGCAGGGCGCCGUGCCUUCGGUGGAGUGGGAUUUCGAGAAAAUCCACUUCUACGACGGCGGGCCACUCACCGCGCAGUACAUGCUCGUGCUCGAUGCGAUGAACUUCUGCUUCUGGCCCGACGACGAGCUCCAUUACGAGCACUUGGCCCGAGGGCUGCGGAACGCGCUCGUGGCCGACCCCAAGGCCUUCGACGCCGACCGCCUGCAAUCCUACACGGGCCCCAUGCUGCGAAAGCUUCUGAAUUGGCCUCGCGAGCUGCCUCUGGAGGAAGAACGCGCUCGUCUCCUCCGCGAGGUCGGCUCCGUGCUGGCCAAGAAUUUCGCCGGGUCUGCGGCCAAUCUCGUGGCGCGAGCGAAGAAAUCUGCCGUCGAUCUCGUGGAGCUGGUGGCCGGCAAUUUUCCAGGUUUUCGAGAUCACACUGUCUAUAAAGGCCAGCAGGUGUUUAUCUACAAACGAGCUCAAAUUUUCGUCGCAGAUCUAUGGGGCGCCUUCAAGGGUCAAGGGAUCGGGGAAUUCAAGGACAUUAGCUCCAUCACCAUGUUCGCAGACUACGUCGUCCCGGCCGUGCUUCGAGCCUGGGGCAUUCUCGAGUACUCUCCAUGUCUGGCCGAGAAGGUGGACAGUCAGGAAAAUAUUGCUCCGGGAUCCGAAGAAGAAGUCGAAAUCCGUGCAUGCACCAUCACGGCCGUGGAGCUUCUUCGAGAGGCACUCUCGAAUAGAACAGGAGAGGAGGUGACGAGCGUGCAGGUGGACUGGUGGCUUUGGUCAUCUGGAAUCCAAUCCAUCAAAGCCACGGACUACCAUCAUGCUCUAACGGUUUACUACUAGCAAGCUCUGGUCAAUCUUCGGCGAUUUCAUCGAAGUCCAUCGACUCAUCAUUUCAUCGGCUCGAUGACCUAAAGGCUUUGAGCGAAUGGCUCGUAGGCUCAAGGGAAACUGAACUGAAAUGUAGGCCAACGAAACAACUCACUCUGUUCAGCAACAGCUUCAGGUGAUCGAUACCUAUUUUGGGUGGCGCAGUGAUCACCUCAGCUUUCCCACAGCCUACGUGAUCUCGGCUGCCAAUUGAUAGUCAUAAUACAAUCCGUUUGGAGAUGAAAGGUCAGGUUAACUUUACUCACACACCCACUCGGCGUUAGGUAGGAUUCCUAGCUAUGUAGUGACCCACGCCACAAUUCGAGUGCCGAGGAUUUGAUGGGGGUCCUAGAAUUAGGGGCCAGGUCUUUUUGAGGUAGACUCCACUUGCACUGAGGCCCAUUCUCGUACACUGUCACGGUGGAAUUUCUUGCCCACGCAAGUGAUCUGUCAGGACAUACGACGAUAGUACGGUCUGCUGACCUGAGUCCUUGAGACAUCCGUGGGCAUCAUGUCUUGCUCAAUUUUGGUAGAAGCUGGCGUCAGUUAAUGCUGAAGACUGCCUACUCUGUGAUCGUACAUCCGCGGCAGGUAGGCGUCUCUUUCGUUGUCAUCAGUGAGGUGAUGUUGGCAUUGGCUGCUACGUAACUCGUAGCACACCGCUCUCAUGUUUGCGAAGUAAAAGAAUUGUUCUGAG